UUAUUGUGUAUCGUCACUAUUACUCCACUGGAUGUUAAUCAUAUCGUUACUAUUAACUGGUUUGGACCUAAUGGACUCAUUACAAUGGAUGAUGCUAAGUAUAGCAUUAGUACUGGGAUAAUCAACUCAACUAAUUAUGAAAGUAGCUUAACAUUCACUGCAUCUCUAUCAGAUAAUGGAACUGAUUACUAUUGUACUGCUAUUGUUGGACCUGCUAGUACUGUGAAUGGGUUUGAACUCAUUAUACCUGCUACUGCCACAUCAAACAAUAUUAAUGUUAUAAUUGAAAUUGUACCAUUACCAAUGGUGUCAGUUAAUGAUGUUGGUAUUCCAGUAACAGGGGAUUCAUUCCAGUUAGUGUGCACUGGAACUGCACCAGCUAAUGUAUCAAGUAUUGCUACUGUUAGUGUUCAAUGGCUCCUUAAUGGUACUGUGUUUACUAAUGAUACACUGGAAGGAGUCACUGUUACUAAUAGUGGGUCUAUGGCCACAUUAUCAUUCAGUUCUCUUAAUGCUUCUACUCAUGAAAGAGAUAAUUAUACUUGUGAAGCUACUCUUA